CAAUUUUAAACAUUCAUCCAGAGCCAUUACAAAGGAGCAUCUGUGUGAGGACAUGUUUUGUGCAGCUGAGGAGCAGAAGGGCCGCUGGGACGGAACCAAAGGCAACUUCUCAAGUUAAUUGUCCAGGAUGGAACAUUCCUGCUCGCUCCUGCUGCUCUGUGUUAGUUUAAUUUUUGCACAAGCUUUGCCACCCAAUGGAACGGAGCUGCCCAAAACCACCACAACAACCAACUCCACCGAGGAGAACACCUUGCACAAGGAGCUGCUGACUUCCCUGCUGAUCCUGGUGCUGGUGGUGAUCAUUUUCGUGGUGCUGGUGGGGUAUUUUUUCAGGUUCAGGAGACACAGGAAAGCUGUGGUCAACUCCGGAGACAAGAAGAUGCCAAAUGGGAUCUUGGAAGAGCAAGAGCAGCAGCGGGUGAUGCUGCUCAGCAGGUCUCCCUCGGGCCCCAAGAAGUAUUUCCCUAUCCCUGUGGAAAAACUGGAGGAGGAAAUCCGGAUACGCUCGGCCGACGAGGGGAAGCUCUUCAGGGAGGAGUUUAAUUCAUUAACCUCUGGAUAUGUGCAGGGAACGUUUGAAAUGGCAAAUAAGGAAGAAAACAGGGAGAAGAACAGAUAUCCCAACAUCCUGCCAUAUGAUCAUUCCAGAGUGAUUUUGACCCAAAUUGAUGGAGUCCCACCUUCAGACUACAUUAAUGCAUCAUAUAUAGAUGGCUAUAAAGAAAAGAAUAAAUUUAUAGCAGCACAAGGACCCAAGCAGGAAACAGUCAAUGACUUCUGGAGGAUGAUCUGGGAGCAGAAAUCAGCCAUCAUUGUCAUGCUAACCAACCUGAAGGAAAGGAAGGAGGAGAAGUGUUUCCAGUACUGGCCCGAGCAGGGCUGCUGGACGUACGGCGGCGUGCGCGUGUCCGUGGAGGAUUCCGUGGUGCUGGUGGAUUACACCGUGCGCAAGUUCUGCGUGCACUCGCUCCACGAGGGAUGCAAAGCUCCAAGGCUCGUCACACAGCUCCACUUCACCAGCUGGCCGGAUUUUGGGGUGCCUUUCACACCUAUUGGCAUGCUGAAAUUCCUGAAAAAAGUCAAAACCUUGAAUCCUGCCCAUGCUGGACCAAUUGUGGUUCACUGUAGUGCGGGCGUGGGGCGCACGGGCACCUUCAUCGUCAUCGACGCCAUCAUCGACAUGAUGCACGCCGAGCAGAAGGUCGACGUCUUCGACUUCGUCUCCAGGAUCCGCAACCAGCGGCCCCAGAUGGUCCAGACCGAUAUGCAAUAUUCCUUCAUUUACCAAGCCUUACUCGAGUACUACCUCUACGGUGACACGGAGUUGGAUGUGGCAUCCCUGGAAAAACACCUCCAGACUUCCCACAAUGCAGCCCCAAACCUGGUCAAAAUAGGCCUGGAAGAGGAAUUUAAAAAGCUGACCAACGUCCGCAUCAUGAAGGAGAACAUGAGGACUGGCAACCUCCCAGCCAACAUGAAGAAAGCAAGAGUCAUCCAGAUCAUCCCCUAUGAUUUUAACAGAGUGAUUCUGUCCAUGAAAAGAGGGCAGGAGUACACAGAUUACAUCAAUGCUUCCUUCAUAGAUGGCUAUCGGCAGAAGGAUUAUUUCAUCGCCACCCAGGGCCCCCUCCCUCACACGGUGGAGGAUUUCUGGAGGAUGGUGUGGGAGUGGAAGUGCCACACCAUCGUGAUGCUCACCGAGGUCCAGGAGAGGGAGCAGGAAAAGUGCUGCCAGUACUGGCCGUCAGAGGGCUCUGUGACUCACGGAGAGAUCACGGUGGAAAUCAAGAGUGACAGCCUGAUGGAUGCCUUCAGUGUGAGGGACUUCCUGGUCACAUAUAAUCCGAGCAACCAGGAGAAGCAGAGCAGGCUGGUCAGGCAGUUCCACUUCCACGGGUGGCCGGAGAUCGGGAUUCCUGCCGAGGGGAAGGGCAUGAUCGACCUCAUUGCAGCUGUGCAGAAGCAGCAGCAGCAGACAGGGAACCACCCCAUCACUGUGCACUGCAGUGCUGGAGCAGGGAGAACAGGAACCUUCAUUGCCCUGAGCAACAUCCUGGAACGGGUGAAGGCUGAGGGGCUCCUGGACGUGUUCCAGGCUGUGAAGAGCUUGAGGCUGCAGAGGCCACACAUGGUGCAGACACUGGAACAGUAUGAAUUCUGCUACAGAGUGGUACAAGAUUUCAUCGACAUCUUUUCAGAUUAUGCUAAUUUCAAAUGAGAAUUCUGCCUUAUUUUUUAAUUUGUCUGUAUAAAUAGUUGUAUAUUAUGUUAAUUUAUUCCGUGUCACUUGGGUUGUUGACUGAACUGUAAAUACAUUGUUGUGCUGGCUCUAAAAGUUGCAUUUGCUGUAUAAAGUUGUUUCUUAAAUAUAAAUAUCUUCUAAAGCAAAGUAUAAUGUUCUUAUACUGUAUAGCACUGUAAGAUGGGAUAGAAAUCUUUAUUCUAAAUAACAAAAAAUUAAUUCUUGGAUUUUUUUUUUUCCUUUUAGUUUUGCCACUUACAAAUAUUUAUCAACAACGUUAUCUCUCAGUUCUUGUAUUUUUUGACAGGUGAUUUACAGUUCAUCCUAAAAAAAAGUGAAUUUGGGUGCACAUGUUUGAACAUGUUUUGCUCACCAGGGGAAUAUGUUCACCAUGAAAAUAGAUAUUUAUUUUCCCAGGCUGUUUUAAAGAACCUCCAGGUUUUGUUGGAUUUUGAGUCAUACUGUCCACAGGAAAAAAUCAGUAGAAAUACUGAUUUGAAUUUUUGAAUUAACAGAACUUUCAAAGCCCUGUUCAUUUGGGUUUUUUUUUUCCAAAUAUUAUUUAAGUUGACUUAGAAAGGCAAUAAUGUGAUUUUUAGAAUAUUUUGCGUAUUUGAAAAGUAUAUUUUGCAGCCCCUGAACUUGUCUACUUGAAGAGAAAGGCCAGAAAUGGAGUUAAAAGCAUCUCUUCUCUAUAAACACCUGCAUAAUUUCCCUUCUUUAAAAUAAGAGAUGAACUCUUAUUCCUUGAUUUGACUCAGCAGGAUAAUUAAGAGGUAAAUAUUGGAAAAAAAACAUUUUAUGAAGGUUUAAUGCCUGAAGCAUUGGGUAUUGUAGCAAAAGUUCCUCCAGGUCCUUAUCUUCCCAGAAAUGUUGUCAAAAAAGGACUUUAAGGGGUUUAGGGUUGUGUACAGAGAUAUAUUUUUUUUUAAGUACUACUGAGAAUAGAAUUGGUGACAGAAAAUUUAAAAGUUUUUAUUACAGCCCUGAUCAGGGGCUGGGAAAUCCCCAAAAUCACAGGGUACCCGAAUGUUGAAUAAUUUUACUAAAUUUAUCUUUCCCACUCUUCCAAAAGUAUUCUCUGACUGAAUGAGCACGAAGGGGUGAAUCUGGAAUUAAUGAAAUAACAGAUAUGCAACAUUUCUGUCUCGUCCAGCCGGGCUUUGGCCAUGCAGCACCAAAGCCUUAUUUCAAACAAGCAGCUUAAAAUGAGCUUUUCCCUGCUGUUCUUGCACUAUUUUAUCCCAUUCCAGUAGAAUCUCAUUGCACCUUGGAGCAAUGCAAGGGGAUGGGAAGGUGGCCCUCGGUCUCCUUCCAUUCCAGCCUGGCUGGAAAAGGUUUGGGAUGGGAAUUCCUGAGCCCCAACCCCCACAGUGCCACUGGCUGUUCUUGUCUUCCCAUUGCUGCACUCCUGUAUUUAUUUGUACAGUAAAUGAUGCACUUAAAAAAUGAGAUUGUUUAAAGAGUAAACCUCGCUCGUGAGUCUCUAUGAGAAGAAACUCUCAAGCCACAGGGUUGGGUACUGAAAGUGGAGCUGAGGAAGGGCAUGUUCCUGAAAUUCCAUCCAAAUGCAAAGACCCGGAAUAAAUUUGGCCUGGAAAUGAUACAGUGGGGUUCUUUCAGACCAUUUGGCCCACAUUUGAGUAAUAAUUUGUAAGAAUUUUGGGUCCCUGAUGUAAAAACUUGGGUUGAGUUGUCCAUGAAGUCAGUCUCAGUGCAGGGAGACUCCAAAAGGUUGGAAAACAAUGCAAAAUAAUUCCCAUUUUUUGAUCCUGAUAUCAGGGUCUUUCCAAUCAUUUAGCCAUCAUUUGAAUAAUAAUAAUAAUAAUUUGUCUGUUAGGCAGAUUUUGUGGGUCCCUGAGGUAAAAAGUGAGUUUGAGUUGUCUCAUGAGGUCAGUCUCAGUGCAGGGAGACUGAACAAUUGGAAAAUGAUGCAGAGGAAUUCCCACUGUAUGAUCCUGAUGUCAGGGUCUUUCCAACCAUUUAGGGGGCAUUAUAAUAAUAAUACUAAUUUUUCUGUUGGGCAGAUUUUUGGGUCCCUGUGGUAAAAACUGGGGUUGUCUCCUGAAGUCAAUCUCAGUGCAGGGAGACACCAAAAGUUUGGAAAAGAAAGAAAUUCCCAUGUAUGAUCCUGAUGUCAGGAUCUUUUCUGACCCUUUAGCCAGCAUUUGAACAAGAAGAAUUUGUGUGUUGGGCAGGUUUUGGGGGCCCUGAGGUAGAACCUCGGGUUGAGUUGGCCACGAGGUCGAUCUCAGUGCAGCAGAGGUGGGGUGUGAGGGUGUGGGGGUCCCACAGCCCCCCAGGAGCUGCAGCACAACUCCAUGGGGUUCCCUAAAGGCCUCCUUCCAACCAGGAGCAGGAUGGAGUUCAGCUGGAACGCCAACUCCUCGGUGGGUACUCAGAUUUUAGUUGAUAACCAGAUUGAGAUACGGAGGAGGGAAGAGAAAUGCCCAAAAUAGAAUUCAGAACUCCCAGCUGUAGGUUCUUGUGGAAUUUGAAGAGCUCCCUUGGCAGUCGAUGGCUGGAGAUCUGGGAAGGUCUUGGUGGAUUGGAAUUUUCCUUCAAAUCUCCAUCUGUUGCGUGGAAUUCCUUUAAAAGGCCAAAUAGUUGGAUUGGAAUGUCCUUCUGGUCCGCCUGUGGUUUUGGUCACUGUGUGACUUGGACUGUUGAUGUGUUCAGAAGGUCCCAGCUCAGCUCAGCCUUGAGGCGUUCGCUUCCCAAAAUCCAUGAAUGCCAUGGACUCCCUGUCCCAAAACAAUCCCUUAGAAGUGCUUGGCUGACUUGGGCCUUAAUGAAGAAUGCAUACUGUAAUUAGCAGUGUUUUUUAGGCUAUUUUUAUGUAUUUUUUAAACUUUUAAAAUGAGCCUGCCCACCUCGUGUUCAGUCUUUUGAAAUGUUUGCGUUUCCCUCGUUCCAUUUUUCAUGUAAAGUUACUGGAACUUUUCUGUAUAACCAAAAUGUAUUUAAUUUGUCAAAUCUUUAUAAUAUAUGUAUGUAUUAUACAGUUUCAGCUCUUAUUAUUUUCUUUUCUUAUGUUUCUAAUUUGAUCUUGCUGUGUUUUUAAUGCCAGUGAAUGUGGCUGAAUUAUUUGUAUAUGCAAAUUGCAAGAUCUAAUACAUUCUGAUGCAAGAA